AUGCCAUCGUCGCAGCAGCAACCGAUCCUGUUCCGGAACGCUACCGUGAUCAGCGGCGAAGACUCGCCUACGCCUUAUCUCUCCGACGUCCUCGUGGACGUCUCUUCCGGUCUCAUCUCAUCUAUCGCUCCGUACAUCCCACCUCCGUCCCAAGCCCGAGUCAUCGAUGCGCGGGGCCAUAUCCUCUGUCCGGGAUUUAUAGACAUGCACGCGCAUUCGGAUCUCUACCUCCUUACCCAUCCGGAGCACUAUGCCAAGAUAUCCCAGGGAUGCACUACCGAAGUCAUAGGACAAGACGGAAUCUCGUACUACCCCACUCGACACGCGCACGAGAUGACCGCGAUAAGAGAACAGAUAGCGGGGUGGAAUGGGAAUCCGACGGAUGAUGAGUGCCGGACCACUCUGGCGGGCAAAGGGAUGUUUGAGUGGUCCUCUGUCGGCGAGUACCUCGAUACUCUCGACCGGAAUCGGACCGCUACCAACGUCGCGGUGCUUGUUCCGCAGGGCAACCUCCGGCUUUUGGCGUGCGGACCGCGCAAGACGGUAGCGAGCGACGAGGAGGUGAGGGAUCAGGUAGAAUUGCUGAGGGAGGCGAUGAACCAGGGUGCGGUAGGAAUGAGCAGUGGCUUGACGUAUACGCCCGGGAUGUACGCCUCGAAUUCGGAAUUGGCGGUCUUGUGCCAGACGCUCAAUGAUGAGUACCCCGGAGCGUACUAUGCCCCGCAUCAUCGGAGCUACGGACACAAAGCCAUGGAGAGCUAUGAAGAGAUGUUGGAUCUGUCGAGAACGACGGGAUGUCCGGUCCACCUGACCCACGCGACCCUAAACUUCCCCGAUAACGCCGGUCGAGCCCCAGAACUGCUCUCCCGGAUCCAAUCCGCCCGAUCCUCCGGGUGCGACAUCACGCUCGAUACCUACCCGUACUUGCCAGGCUGUACGACCCUCGCUUCGCUAUUACCGAGCUGGGCGUCUUCGGGCGGGCCGGCCGAGACACUGAAGCGGCUGGAAGAUCCGGAGCUGCGGGAGAAGAUACGCGUGGCGGUCGAAGUGGAGGGAUGCGAUGGGGGACAUGGGAUACCGACCAAUUGGGCAGUGAUCGAGGUCGGCUCUACUACCCAUCCCUCCCUUGCUGCCCAUUCAGGACGGACCGUUCAGGCCAUAGCCACUUCCCUCGGCCAGCCCACCAUCGAUGUCUUCUUCGAUAUCCUUACGAAAGAUCGCCUAGCCACCAGCUGCCUCAUGCAUAUCGGGAACGAGGAGAAUGUCCGGGCGAUGAUGAUGGACGAAAAGCACUGCUCAGGGAGCGAUGCUAUUCUCCACGGCGCUAAUACGCAUCCAAGGGCAUACGGCACAUUCCCCCGAUUCCUCGGAUACUAUGCGCGCAAACUCCAGCUGGAGGCUAUCCCGGAUAUGAUUGCUCACCUAACGUCUCGCCCGGCGAAGCGGAUCGGGGUGUACCCGCACCGCGGGGUUAUUGCAGUCGGGUCCGCAGCGGAUCUUGUGCUUUUUGAUCCAGAGGAGAUUGCGGAUAUGGCGACGUUUGAGAGGCCGAAAGAGAGGGCGAAAGGGAUACGGUUCGUGCUUGUCAAUGGCGAGGUGGCGAUGGAUGAGGGCGACUGUUUGGGGAUUCGAGCGGGCAAGACGCUGCGGAGAAGAGGAGAUGGGAGUGUGGGUUUGGUAUAG